AUGACUAGUGAAACUCAAAUCACUAAUAUUGUAAACGAUAUUUUAAAAGUAGAAGCUAUAGAAGAAGCAUUUAGCUGUGUUUUGGUACAUCAUCCAAACAGUGAGAGUGAAAAAAUAUCAGCAUGGCAAUCAGAAUUAACAUCUGCUAUGUCAAAUUUGUCCAAAGAACAACAAGAAAAUGCAGUAAGGCAAUUUCUAUCCAUGGCAGCAGCAAUGACUAAUCAUAAAAGAUUACAGUUGUUAUUGUCAUUACUUGAACAUUUAGUCACAACUAAUGUUUUACCAGCAAGACUUGUGUGUGAAUGUAUAUUGAGUUGUGACAAACUCCAAUAUCAGUUAGAAGAUUUCUGGGUUGAAUGUUUUGUUCUUAUUCGACAUAUUAUUGGAGGAGUUGAUUAUAAGGGAGUAAGAGAAAUAAUGAAAGGGUGCAAAGAGAAAGCACAGACAAUACCAGCAAGAUUAGAUGCAUCUAUUCAACCACAAUUAAAAGCUUUAGAAAAUGUAAUUGAGUACAUUUUUGAUAGAAAUGCUUGUUUAUUGCCAGGAUAUUUUAUUGUAAACGAAAUUCAAAAGGCUUUUCCUGAUGGUAAAAAUUGGCCACAUUGGAAACUAGCAAAAUUACUUUCGAACUUCGUCGAGAGUUUCCGCAAUACGGCACAAAUGGUAUCUAUAGUUGGACAUUCAAAAAUGUUACCAGUAGUAGAACAUACUGGAUAUGCAGAUUUAAUUAAUCCUUGGGUACUUGAUACAACAACAUUGAAAUUUUCACUCAAAGGAAAUUUGCCUUAUGAUGAAGAUUUACUUAAACCUCAAACUGGAUUACUCAGAUAUGUUUUAGAACAACCUUAUAGCAGGGACAUGGUUUGUUCAAUGCUUGGUUUACAAAAACAGCAAAAACAGCGAUGUAUAGCUUUAGAAGAGCAAUUAGUGGAACUAGUAAUUCUUGCUAUGGAACGCGCGGAAAAUGAAACUUUACCAGCAGAGGGGACUGAUGGAACUGUUGCAAAUCAUUAUGUGUGGUUGCACCUUUCAUCACAGCUUAUAUAUUUUGUACUUUUUUCGUAUGCCGGGUUUCCUAGUAUCGUAAUGGCAAUACACGAUAAAUUGGCAGGAAGGGAUUUGAGGAAAGGAAGAGAUCACUUAAUGUGGGUGUUGUUGCAAUUUAUUUCCGGAAGUAUUCAAAGGAACCCACUAUCAAACUUUUUGCCAGUAUUAAAAUUAUACGACCUUCUUUAUCCGGAAAAAGAACCAUUACCUGUUCCGGAUUAUACUCAAGCACUGUGCACUCAUCAAAUGGCUAUUACAUGUAUAUGGAUACAUCUGUUGAAGAAAGCUCAAUCUGAACAUUCAAAUAUUCAUAGACCAAUACCACAUACUUUGAAACUUCACCACGAAUUUUUGCAACACUUGGUUAUGCCUAAUACUUCUCUUUGUAUGGGAUCAGACUAUCGAAUUGCCUUAUUAUGCAAUGCCUAUUCUACAAAUCAGGAAUAUUUUAGUAGACCAAUGGCAGCAUUAGUGGACACCAUACUUGGUACUCAAAAAGGUCAGCAACAACAACUGAUGCAGACAUUACAGAAUAAUGCAGCUCUCGCGAGUGGACCAACCACGCCAUUAUCGAUGUCGAUUUUGGACUCGUUAACUGUUCACUCCAAAAUGAGUCUAAUCCACAGCAUUGUUACCCAUGUUAUCAAAUUGGCACAGUCUAAGAGUAAUAUGGCAUUAGCACCGGCACUAGUUGAAACGUAUAGUCGACUACUAGUGUACACGGAGAUUGAAAGUCUUGGUGUUAAAGGAUUCAUUAGUCAGUUACUUCCGCAAGUUUUCAAGUCUCACGCAUGGGGAACGUUAUAUACACUUUUAGAAAUGUUCAGCUACAGAAUGCAUCAUAUACAGCCACAUUAUAGAGUCCAACUUUUGUCUCAUUUACAUAGCCUCGCAGCGGUACCACAGACUAAUCAAACGCAGCUUCACCUUUGCGUGGAAAGUACUGCCCUCCGCUUAAUCACUGGUUUAGGAUCUGCCGAAGUGCAACCACAAUUAUCUAGAUUUUUAUCUGAACCCAAAACUCUUGUAUCAGCUGAAUCUGAGGAAUUAAACAGAGCUUUAGUACUAACGUUAGCACGCUCUAUGCAUGUUACUGGAACAGGAUCAGAUAGUCACAGUGGCACAUGGUGCAAGGAAUUGUUGAAUACAAUUAUGCAAAAUACACCACAUUCCUGGGCCAAUCAUACUCUCGAGUGUUUCCCUCCAGUACUCAGCGAAUUUUUUCAACAAAACAGCGUUCCAAAAGAGAACAAACAACAGAUUAAAAAAGCGGUGGAGGAGGAGUAUCGAAAUUGGGCCUCUAUGAGUAAUGAAAAUGACAUAAUAGCACAUUUUUCUGUACCUGGUACCCCGCCUCUGUUUUUAUGCCUUUUGUGGAAGAUUAUUUUUGAAACUGAUCGAAUUAGUCCGAUUGCGUAUAAAAUCCUAGAGAGAAUUGGUGCUCGAGCUCUGUCGGCUCAUCUUCGAAAAUUCUGUGAUUAUCUUGUGUUCGAAUUUGCUAACAGCGUGGGUGGUGGGCAGCAUGUGAACAAGUGUGUAGAUACGAUUAACGAUAUGAUAUGGAAAUACAAUAUUGUAACUAUUGAUAGACUAAUUCUUUGCUUGGUACUGAGAACUCAUGAAGGAAGUGACGCUCAAGUAUGCUUUUUCAUCAUUCAACUAUUGUUACUUAAGGCUAUUGAAUUUAGAAAUAGAGUCCAAGAAUUUGUCAAGGAAAAUUCUCCAGAACAUUGGAAACAAUCAAAUUGGCAUGAAAAGCAUCUUGCAUUUCAUAGAAAGUUUCCAGAGAAGUUUGCUCCAGAAGGUAUUAUGGAGCAAACAAGUGGAGGACCUAGUCAAUAUCAAAGUUUACCUGUUUACUUUGGAAACGUGUGCUUACGAUUUUUACCGGUCUUUGAUAUCGUUGUACAUAGAUAUUUGGAAAUUCCAGCUGUAUCGAAAAGUUUAGAAACGCUAUUAGAACAUUUGGGAUGUUUAUAUAAAUUUCAUGAUCGACCUGUAACAUAUCUUUAUAAUACGUUACAUUAUUAUGAACAUAAAUUAAGAGACAGGCCACCUUUAAAACGACGUUUAGUAUCAGCUGUUUUGGGUUCUUUAAGAGAAAUUAGAGCACCUGGAUGGGCACUCUCAGAAGCUUAUCAGAUGUAUAUGACUCGAUCUGUCGAUGAUGUAGUCACGUGGAUGCCUGAAUUAGAUUAUUAUAUUCGUUUAGUACAAAGAAUUGUCGAAACAAUGUCAGGCACUGCUCACUUUCCCGCUACUGAUUGGAGAUUUAACGAAUUUCCUAAUCCUGCAGCACAUGCAUUAUAUGUUACAUGUGUAGAACUUAUGGCUGUUCCUGUUGCUCCCAAUAUAGUUGCCAACUUAUUAUUAGAUGUAGUUGCAAAAGGGUAUACAGUGAUACCAUCAGAUGAGAUUCAUUUGUGGAUAAAUUGUGUGGGUUUACUGUUGGCUGCUUUACCAGAGUGUUAUUGGUUGGCUCUUCAUGAUCGAUUAGUAGAAACUAUUAGCAGUCCAGGAUUAGCUAAUUGGCAGUAUAGUAAUUUAACCCCAUUCCAAAUAUUCAAUUUUAAUAACACUCAUAAUAGUUUAUUGGAAAAUAAAUAUAGUUAUAUGUUGGCACUGGCACAUUCCGUAUGGCAUCAUGCUGGUGUUGGACAAAUAACUACUAUGCCUCAGUUUAUUAAAGAGAAGCUUCAACCGGUUGUAAAUAGCGAAGAACAGUUAAUAUAUGCCUGUCAUUUAAUUGGACCCACUUUAGCAAGAUUUAAUGCCGAAAGGCCGCAUUGUGUAGUAGAUCUAGCAGUUCGUUUAUACGAAAUGCUUGAACAAGUCGAUCGCCUUCAGACCCAUUUAAAAUACAUGGAUCCAGUUUGUGAUUUGCUGUAUCACAUUAAAUACAUGUUUGUUGGUGAUAUGAUGAAAAACGAAGUGGAAUGCAUUAUACGAAGAUUAAGGCCAGCGUUGCAAAUGCGGUUACGAUUUAUUGCUCAUAUAAAUAUAGACGAAAUUCAGUCUUCCUGA